AUGAAUUUCUCGGACCUGGAUAAUGAGCUCCUGGCAAACGUGCUGUGCUUUUCUGCACCUCGCGACGUUGAAUCUCUUACUGUCGCUUCUUCUAUAGUUGCUCUACAUGUAUUGCCUUUGUUUCCACUUAUCUGGAAGAACAUUUUCCGUCGUCGCUGGGAGUCGCUUAACUUUUCACUGGAAGAUGACGCACCGCUUGAGAUUAAUGACAACUUGGAUGCUCUCUUCCCAAGCUCAUGCACUGAAAGCCGUCGAUUCCAAUUACUGGCCCACGCCAUUGUCCCCGUGCCUUCUUAUGCAGAUAUCGGACGUACUAAAACGUUCUUGGGAUACACAGAUGCAUAUCAUCGGAUUAUUCCGAUGAAGGCUCCAGAAUUGAUAGAGAGAGACACUGUUGACUUUGCUCUAGAUGGAGGUAUGCUAGGUGAUGACCGAUGUGUUCGGGCGAAUGUAGCUUUCCCUACGACGCUUCAUGUCGCGGUAUACAAGCGCAAUUCAACAGAUGAAGAUACGGCUAAGGGUAAAACACGAGUGGUAUAUCAAAUCGGCAUUUUUCAUGGAGGAUACUUUGAGCUGAGCUUAUCGAAACGGCAGCAUCAACAUACAAGUAGUCCUUCUAUGUUUGGCCAAGACUCCAUGACAUCCAUUGGUCUAGUAAAUUCGACGUUUCCGUUGGUGGGCAAGCAACCAGGGUGGACACGGAGGUCGUAUGGCUAUCAUGGUGACGACGGUCGUUUCUAUCAUGGUACUGCAUUUGAGGGUCGACAUUUUGGUCCAGUGUUCAAGGCUGGAUGCACCGUUGGUUGCGGGAUCCGGGUCGAUUCGACAACAGGGACGAUGUUUGUAUUUUUCACCAACAAUGGAGAAUUAAUAACAGGCGAUAAUGGAGCGUUUGUGGCGAGCGAGCGUCGGAACCUGUACCCAGCAGUUGGACUAGACUCGUACGAUGCGUUGCAUCUUAAUUUUGGCCAAGAACCGUUUGUAUACAGCAAUGUAAUGGAUGAGUUAUUUAACGAAUGCAACGGCAUGGGACGCUCUGCCUUGGAACAACUGCAGUGGAAUGAUAUUUGUGACUUUGAUAGCGAGAGCUCCAAAGGUGAAGACAACAACGUCGAGGAUGAAUCUGGAGAUGACUUUAUGUUCGACGAACAAAUCAGCGCGAGUUUGAUCGCACGCAUUCUUGCAUUGCGGCAAGCAGGAGUAGACAUUGUUUGA